GUUGAUCUGAUAAAGGUAGUUGAAGUUGCAGUUACAGGGUAGUUGAGAACCUUUGCUCCCUCUCUACCAUCAAAGGCAUUCUUAGCUUUUAGGUGAGCCACACUGGCUUACUUGCUGUGAAGUUUUCAAGAGCAUAGAAUCAUCUUUUUCAUUAUCAAAAGAAGAUGCUGUUUAAUUUUAGGAUCUUAUUGAACAAUGCUACUUUGAGAAAUGGCCACAAUAUCGUGGUUCGAAAUUUUUGGCAUGGACAACCACUACUAAAUGAAGUAAAGUUGAAGGGUCGUGACUUCCUGACUCUAAAGAACUUUACAGGAGAAGAAAUUAAAUAUAUACUAUGGUUAUCAGCAGAUCUGAAAUUUAGAAUAAAACAGAAAGGCGAAUAUUUGCCUUUAUUACAAGGGAAAUCCUUAGGCAUGAUUUUUGAAAAAAGAAGCACUCGAACAAGACUGUCUACAGAGACAGGCUUUGCACUUCUGGGUGGACACCCUUGCUUUCUUACCAGGCAAGAUAUUCAUUUGGGUGUGAAUGAGAGUCUCACGGACACAGCUCGUGUGUUAUCUAGCAUGACAGAUGUUGUGUUGGCUCGAGUGUUUAACCAUUCAGAUCUGGACAUCCUGGCUAAAGAAGCAUCCAUCCCAAUUGUCAAUGGACUGUCUGAUACAUAUCAUCCUAUCCAGAUCCUGGCUGAUUACCUCACACUCCAGGAACACUAUGGCUCUCUCAAAGGACUUACCCUCAGCUGGAUAGGGGAUGGGAACAAUAUCCUUCACUCCAUUAUGAUGAGUGCAGCAAAAUUCGGAAUGCAUCUUCAGGUAGCUACUCCAAAGGGUUAUGAGCCAGAUCUUAGUAUUACCAAGUUGGCCGAGCAGUAUGCCAAAGAGAAUGGAACCAAGCUGUCAUUGACAAAUGAUCCAUUGGAAGCAGCGCAAGGAGCAAACGUAUUAAUUACAGACACUUGGAUAAGCAUGGGACAAGAAGAGGAAAAGAAAAUGCGGCUCCAGGCUUUCCAAAAUUACCAGAUUACAAUGAAGACUGCUAAAGUUGCUGCCUCUGACUGGACGUUUUUACACUGCUUGCCCCGAAAAGCAGAAGAAGUGGAUGAUGAAGUGUUUUAUUCUCCACGAUCUCUAGUGUUCCCAGAGGCAGAAAACAGAAAGUGGACAAUCAUGGCUGUCAUGGUGUCCCUGCUGACAGAUUACUCACCUAAGCUCCAGAAGCCAAAGUUUUGAUGCUAUGAUAUUUUCCAAAAGGAAAACAGUAUUCUUCAGCAACAAAAUGAGUCAGUUUAUGGAGGAGGGAGAAGAAAAUCUAGGCAGAAACACAUCCCUAAUGCAUGGUGUGGGUGAAAUGUAUGAUAAUGCUUUGUCACUGUGAGAUUUUCCUGAAGUCCUUAAUUUAAGUUCUAAGGAGGUGUAAUACAGUGCUUGACUUGGUUUAAAUUCUCUCUGUCUCUAUCUCUGUCUCUCUGUCUCUCUCUCUCUCUCUCUGUCUGUCUGUCUCUCUCUCUGUCUCUCUCUGUCUCUCUGUAUCUCUCUCUCUGUACCUCUCUCUCUCUCUGUCUGUCUCUGUAUCUCUCUGUCUCUCUGUAUCUCUCUCUCUCUCUCUCUCUCUCUCUCUCUGUCUCUCUCUCUCUCUUACAUUCACAAUCUGUUAGUUACAUUAGGGUAUCAUGUUAAUUUUCAUAUAUUUUUGCUUCAACCAAACAGAAACUGCUGUGUUCAUCAUGCAUAAUAUGUGAGUCAUUAAUUUUAAUCUGCAGUUAUUACCUUAAAAGUGAUCUCCUAUACUGAUUCAUAAGUAAACACCAGUCUGUCAGAUCUGUGCUCUAUGUUCAUGUCCCCCACUACAAAUGAGGAAGCUGAACGUUAUAUUUUACAAAUGUGGUACAGUUCGCAGGCCAAUGAGGAAGUGUUAGCAAACAGCUAUUGCUGGCGCCCAAAUAGGAGUGGUUUUUCUAUCAUUUGUGAGAAAAUAAGGAGUCCUUCAAGUGCGUGCAUAUCUUCUGUGUAAUGAAGAUUUAAUGGUGCACAACCAACAAAGUCUUUGCUUGCAUAUGUACCAUGGACACCUAGCCAGGGAAGUAAGAUCUGUUUAGAAAAUAACAUUUCCUUAGGUUCAAUUUCUCAAGAGGUGCAACUUAAUUUUUUCACAUCUGUUCUUAUCAUACAUUUACUCUUACCACACACUGGGUAUUUCCAUAAAUCUUCUACUUGCCAAAUUGUCUGUCUUUUUCGGCUAGUUUUUCUUUCAGAUAAUUAACAUUCAUAGUUUCUAAUUUUUACAGUGCAAUUAAAACUAGAUUCAUCUUUUGUGUGACCAAGUUUUUACUGUUGAAUUAUGAUAUAAUUUAAAAUGGUUAAGUUGGAACCAUUAAAAAUAACACUUUACAGACAAUGAAAUAAUGCCAUUUCCUUCAAAUUCUACCUCUACUAAUAGAAUAUUUCCUCCUGAUUGAUUGAUAUUUUCCUGAAAACAACUAUGACUUAAGUAGGUAAGAAAGAGAUUAAUUACAAAUUAGAUUUGCAAUAAAGAUGCAAUAAAAUGUAUUCUGUUGGGAGGGGACUCAUGACAUUACAGAAAAGAUCAAUUUUUCCAAUAAAUGUUCAAGGUGACUUUCACAUCUGUGGUAAUUUAUUGGAAGCACUUAAGAAACAGAGUGGAGUUCAGUGAAAUAUCUUCGUUCAGUAGAGAUUGUAGAAAUGAUUUAACCAGAAGGUUCCAUGUGAAUUAUAGAUACUUGUGUUCAAAUUGCCUACAUAGAAAGAACCAAAUGAUGCCACAUGAUUAUGAGCUCUCAUUUUCCCACUUGUUCUUUGAGCCAAAGAAAUGGUAUAUACUUCUUCCUUUAACCAGAAAGAACUUGUAAUCAUUUCCAAAUUGUAGUCAUUUCUUCCUCAAAAAGCCCCAAAGCUUACUUUUAAUGUAAAUAAAAUUUAACAUCUUUCUCAAAUCAAA